CUGUUGCAUAUCACAACACCACGUACUCUUGCCUAUUUGCUGUAUUCAUUUGAAUUAUUUCAGAAAAAAAAGAUAGUAAAGAAAGUAAUGCUUCCUGGAAUUCUAGUAUGCUUUGCUGUGUUUGAAUCAACAUAUGCCAUAGUAUCAGAGUCGUUCCAAGACUGUCGACAGUUCUUUUACCAGCGCAAACCACCACAAGUAUUUACUAGAAUGGCGACCGAAAAAUAUCUCUGUGAAAUAUAUAAUGGUAGGCCUUAUUUUGCAACAUUUUAUGAUACAUUGAGAAAAAUUCCUGUUUACAGUGCAUACAAAGUAGAACAUUUUCAUAGACCUAAUAACGAAGAGGGCAAGAGAAAAUGGAGGAAGGGUGAGGGUCUACAGACAAAAGAUCAACCAUUUCUCAUUAACUACAAUGGAGUUCAAUUACAUAAUCUUAACAGAGGACAUCUAGCUCCGAGAUUUUAUUUCCCUACUAACGAAGGAAGGACUGCUACUGACGUACUAACAAAUAUUGCACCACAAUAUGCAUUAUUUAACCAACUAACGUGGUUUAGCCUUGAAAAGUAUAUUUACGAAGCCUCAAAACAUCAUUGCAAUUAUUACGGGGGCACAAGUUAUUUCGUUACUGGUGUUCUGCCAAGUGAUAAUGUGCCUCUCAACGGAAAAAUUAAUAUCCCAAGUCAUUUCUGGACAGCUGUUUGCUGCGACACUUCUAGUGUUAGUAAUCUUAAUAACCGUUUAAAAGGUUGGUCGUUUGCAUAUAUUGGUGAAAAUCAAAACACCAGAAACAAUUUCAUUGAGUUCUUUACCGUUAAAGACUUUAUGAUGAUUAGAGGAAUACGUGGUAAGUUCUUUGAAUUAUUCCAAGAUAUCAUAAGUUUUGAUUAUCAUACAAUGAAGUCCCGGAUCGUACACAAGUGUUUGUUUGACUCUGAUAAGGCUGAUCAAAUAAUAGCAGGUAUUGUUAUCGAUAUUAAUCAUGAUCGCUUUCAUUAUAACGGACAAGCGCCUGAAUUUCUUUUAUAAUCGAGAACGACUAUUUUUGCAGCAACAAUUCAUGUUUUAGCAAUAAAUCUUCAGAUUUAAAGAAUGACGUUUUCACACAAUGUGAACAAUACAAAAUUAUCAUUGAGAUAUUGACAGUUGAAGAUAUUUUUGAAGCACUAGAAACUUAAGUAUGGAUAGCACAUUUUUUCUAUCGAAUUACAUUUCACAAGCUAAAGAUUAUUUGAUCAAUACGGAAAAGAAAAUUAAGGAAACUAGGAGGUCGUAGGAAAUGGAUGUAAUAUAUUAUACUGACUGAUCUUUGAACUUUAAAAUGCAUGUUCAGUGAUAGUUUUUAAUGCUUAAAAUCUGUAUUCUUGUGGGAUUUUGUAAUAUUAUAACAAAAAAGUAUAACAAAAAUACCGAACUCCAGGGGAAAUUCAUAAAACUGACAAAAUCAAACGCCAAAACCACUGGAAUUCAUUAUAUAAUAUUCGUAAUUCAUAUAUUCAGUUUUGAAACUUACUUCAGUUUUCAGGAUAUGAUGUAUGUAAAUUAUUAAAAUGGAAUAUGCUACGUUGGCAUUAGGUUAUGAAAAAAUAAACCUCUAUAAUGAAUAAGAAU